AUGAUGGAAAUAUUGGUCGAAAUGGUGUCAUUCGAAGCCGUUGCAGAAAUCGUUUCUUUCGAUGUGAGCUCCUGCUCGUCACCAGAGGCCAAUGUCACGAGAGCGUUCCCUGCCGUCGUGCGGGGCGUCUUGGGUGAUUUCUCGCUUGGGUUUUCCUCAACAGUAGGUGGCGGGUGGUCUUUUUGUUGUAGUCGAAUAGGGUGCCACUCCAUUUCCGACGCAUCCGAGUUGGCCAGCUCGAUAUCUAUGGCGCCUCCAACUGCGCGGCUUGACACAGCAAUAGAACCGUGGUUGUGGCUAGGGCUCUGCUGUCGCUUGAGCGAUCGAGUUGCCAUUCCUUCUGCGCCAGCCAAGUUUACAGCGGACGGCCCAACAUAA